CAGCGCGUCGUAGCAGCAUCCAUAUAACCGCACGUGCUUGAGGGUUGACACAUUGAGACAUUUCUAAACGAAAGAAGAAGAAAAAUAUAUCGAUCUCUUUUCUGCAUGGAUCUUUUAGACAGAUGAAAGUAGCUUGGAUUAUAACUCUUUGGUGACAUCGCUAAGACACUGACAGCAUCCAUAUCCUAUAGACUGAAUUUGAGUGACAAGAAAUCCAGAUGUUAGUCCACACCUAUUCGGCUAUGGACCGCGCGGACGGAUUGACCGGCUCCUCGCCGAGUGGUCGACUGUCCCAACUGUCCUCGCUGAAUCAAGCAGCCUACUCAUCGGCACCCCCACUCUGCCACACACCGGCCUCUGACUUCCAACCUCCGUACUUUCCCCCUCCAUAUCCACAGUCUUCGCUCUCAUAUUCCCAGAGCCAGGACUCUGCAUAUCACUUAUCGGACCCAUACCCCUCCAUCAACUCCAUCCAUCAGCAUCAGCAAGCGGCAUGGCACUCGCAGAGGUCGCGGUCGGACGAGGGGGGGCUAUUGUCACAGUCACACCGAGCUUUAAGUCUCGACCCCCGUCGGGAAUACCCUGGUGUACCCCGGCUUCUUCACGGACUGGGGGAGGGUGCCGCGGCGCUAGGGGACGGUCCUCUUGGAAUGCACAUUGGACAUCACGGACUGGAGGACAUGCAGGUGGGGUUUUUUGGGAUGGAGGAGGGCUCAGCCUUGGGCAUCCUGGAUCACUCCGUCAUUAAGAAAGUUCCCAUCCCCUCUAAGCUGAAUGGCUCAUCCCUGUCAGCUCUGCACCUCAGUAAGGACGGGCUCGGGAUGGGUUCUGUUUCCAACCCAGGGGAGGUGUUCUGCUCCGUCCCCGGCCGCCUCUCACUCCUCAGCUCCACAUCCAAGUACAAGGUCACUGUGGGGGAGGUACAACGACGGCUGGCCCCGCCCGAGUGCCUCAACGCUUCCCUGUUGGGCGGAGUCCUGCGCAGGGCAAAGUCAAAGAACGGCGGGCGCUGUCUGAGAGAGCGUCUGGAGAAGAUUGGGCUCAAUCUCCCCGCCGGGCGACGCAAGGCAGCCAACGUCACCCUCCUGACGGCUCUAGUGGAGGGUGAGGCAGUCCACCUGGCACGUGACUUCGGCUACGUGUGUGAGACGGAGUUCCCGGCCAGAGCCACAGCGGAGUAUCUGUGCAGGCAGAGCGACCCGGAACAGCUCCCCACGCGACGCAGCAUGCUGCUGGCCACCAAGGAGAUCUGCAAGGAGUUUGUGGACCUGAUGUCCCAGGACCGCUCUCCUCUGGGGGCGAGUCGACCCAACCCCUGUCUGGAGCCUGGCGUUCAAGGGAGCCUCACCCACUUCAGCCUUCUCACCCACGGCUUCGGCACCCCCGCCAUCUGUGCCGCCCUCUCCGCCUUCCAGAGCUACCUGGUGGAGGCCAUCAAAAUGCUGGACAAGGACCAGGGCGGAGGCAAGGGCCAUCACGAGAAGGAGAUGAAACACCGCAAGUAGGCAAAUGACCUGGGGGUUGACAGACUGAUCCACUGAUUCGACCCUCUCUUAGCCUCCUUUAAGGAGGACAAAGACUGAGAUGACCUCUCUGAGUUCCCGCUACAGCCCGAUCCGUCACAGGGAAGGGCACGGUGAUGUUUGUACUAUGUGUGUGUGUGUGUGUGUGUGUGUGUGUGUGUCGGCCAACUCUCUCAAAGACGCAUGGACUUUUCGGGGAUGCUGGUUUUCUAGGCAGAGUCCGUUCUUAAACCGCCAACGACAUUUUCUGGAUGAAUUCUGGCUUUAUGUCCCCGUUCCGACUGUCACGACACCCAAACUCGCGUUCGUAGGAGUCCCUCUCCCCUCCACUUUGCAUAGAGACCUCCAAAUUUCCUUCCAUGUUUGACUGUCUGGACUUGGAGCCACUCUGAAAAACAUCUUGUCGCAAGUGAUUGAGCCAUAUCCAGGAGAACCAACUUUCAACAGUUUUGCUUGUUCCUCAUCUGGACAUUGGAUACAUCCAACUCCACCCCAUAGGAGGGGCAGUUAGUGUACUACAAUUCAAUGUGGGUGCUGCUGGGUAACUGGGGGUGGGCUUGGGGGAGUGGUGUCACUGUCAUUGGCAGCUAGGGGAGAUGGUUUGUUUUUGAAAGAGGGGGUAGGUGUGGGUAAAUUAAGAAAAAAGAACACAAAUCAUUUUGUACUUACUGUGUAUGUUUAUUAUUAAUGUUAUUACUGUUAUUAUUAUUGUAUUACGGCAUAAAUGUAAUAUAUUAUUAAAGAAGAACAACUGAUGCAGAA